AUGUCGAUACCAUCCAACACAAUGCUCCAGCUAGGCAAAGGCAAGGGAAAGGCGAGAGCACGCGAUAGCCACACGCCAAAUGUGGCGGUUUACACUAAUGCGCGGACCCUGCGAUCCGUGUACAGCAUGGUCAGCCAGGCGGCAGGCAGGAGAGCUGCUGCUACUGCUGCUGCUGCUGCUGCAAGCUCGAUUCCCACGGCGCAAGUCAACGAUCACGGGAAACCGUCACGCGUUUGGAACUGCAACAAGCCCAAGAAGAUGGCAUGUAAAACCUAUAACGUCUACUCUAAGAAAGCCGACAAGUUAAGCGGCGAAGAUCAAUCCAAGCUGGGCAUUCGACAGUGGCUCCAUCCCCCGUAUCCCGUCCAUCGUGAGCGCAAGAAGCGCGUCGGCUCUCGCAACUACGAAUCCUUCUAUGUGCCCUACGAGCAAGAGGAUGCGAUAGUAGUGAAGGGCAAUCCCUCGACCGCGACAAAGGAGCAGGCAGUGCAGCCACGUAGCCGAUCGUUUCAACGCUUGCCGACGGCGGGCGAACGUUUUGCGCUAAAUAUCACCAAAAUGGCCAGCCUGAUUGAGAAGGUCAAGUCGCAUCCGGAUGACGACGGUGUGGCGAAGGCCGCGAAGAAGUGGCCAUUGCUGCCGCCGCCGCCGCAGUUUGCCGAGGAUCCGAUCGAUUCCGGGCAGCGUUUCGCCCUGCUUCGCUCCCAAACGGUCUUGUGCUUCUCGACUUUGGAUUGCGAUGACUUGCUGUACAAGUACGCGUGCCAUCUGCCCUUUGUGCGCAAUCCAUUGCAGCCAGAUGUCGUGCGGCCAAAGAUGAAACGAUUGCCGUGCGAACGCCGUGUGGCGGAAAGGAGCUCAAUUGAGGGGAAUUCGUGCACCAUACCCAACUAG